UCUGGGGAUGGAGGGAGGAAGCAAGCUCUUCCUGGUGUUGGUUGUGAUGAUAUACCCCACAGGUACUUGCCUUGGGAUCAGGGAGGCUGUAGCACAUUACCAUUUUGCCAUUUUACAUGGGAGGUUGGAGGGGAGAUGAGGACAUCUUUUUACCCAGAAAGUUUGUUGGACCUGACUGUAGUCCACAUCUGGCUCAAGUGCACCUUGGGUUCAUUUUUCUGUUUACAGACAUUUUCUCCAAUCUUUUUCAAGGUUGUGUAUUUGUUUUUAAUGUAAAUUUGCAUAAGUAGGGUUCUCUUCUAAGUGAAAUUACACUAAUUCAAUUUUACAAGUAAGGAUUAAGCUAUGGUGACACAUGAGCAUUAUCAUUAUAUGCUGGCUAAAAGUUAAUAUUCUAGUAACAAAAAGUUUUUGUACUUAAUGCCUCUGAGAUGCCACUUAGUUAAGAUUGAAAUGGUUGGGAGGACGAAAGCUCCUAAAUGUGGUCUUCAGGUCAGAACAGACAGCAAAACAAGCAUGUGGUUAAACAGAAGUCAUGCCUUGGUUUGAUUUUAAAUGUUCAUGAAAUGUAGCUGUUGGUGAAGAUACAUAGCACCUACAGCAUCCUGCCCACAAAAAAAUAGAAGUAACAGCUCCAGCAGCUGCUCAUGGGACCCUCACUAUGCUAAGUCUUUCACCUGUGUUCUUUUUGUUCCUGGGGUAAUGUCAUCCCACUCUGAACUGAAGGAUUUGAGGCUUUGGGUUGUUUUUGAAACCCUUGUGACUUGGAGAUGGAGCUCUAGUACCUGCUGUCAUAAACUCCUUAGGACAGCCGGAAUCAGUCUGGGCCUCUUGGGCUGCUUCUGCUUGCUUUCUGUUGUAGAGAAUUCACAAAACUUUCUUUGCACUGCUGGGUUUGUUUGCUUGUUUUAACUCAUUCUUGUGAAUGUAUUUAACUGAAAGUCAUAAUUGAUCAAAAUGGGAGGUUAUUUAGUUUUGUUCUGUGUAUCCAUCCAUUUAUCUUACUUCAGACACUAAUACAUGUUUUAGAAAUUGAGUGUCCAAUCCCAGGCCAAGGAAGAUUAAAACUUUUCUUUUAAGGAGGUAAGAUGUGUUAGAGACAAAGAAGCAGAACACCUGGCUAGUGUUGCUAUUUCUGCUCCAGACUUUUCUAUCCCUAGCUGCACACUCAGAAAUGAGGGGCCCCAUGGGUUGUGUGAGCUCUGUCUUACUCUUUUGGGGAAUGUAAAAAUCUUGCAUCCCCCUUCAAAGCUUGUUUUAUAAGAAUAGUAGAUUAUUUUUGUUUAACAAGUAUAAAACUCAUGCUAGAUGCGAAUUUUUACUGUAACCCUCCUCCCUACCUUUUUUAUCUGGGAUUGAGAUCCCAGGUCUAUACAACUUUGGUAUCUUUGCUAAGGCUGCAGCAACUUUUGUCUUGGGAUUAACCUAGCUCCACGCCUGCCUUCUUUCACUCUGAUGCCCAUUUGUUUAAAAUGUGCUUGAAACUUGGUGUCUGUGGACUGCACCUUUAGCUCAUUCCUCCCCUUUUCAUGAGCAACAAGUGAUGCUCUAUCUCUGGAGUUCUCAGUUUAGCUUCUUUUACAGGGUGCUCUGUGGAGGUGUGUGAACCCAGCACCUGUUGGUUCUCAUGCUAAACAGAAUCAUACUGUUUCCUUGAGAGACUGUCUAUAGAGUUACCCAACAAAGGAAGAGGAAGGGUGGAUAUAGAAUACAUGACCAAAGAAUAGCGUCCUGGCCCGCGCGACUGAGGAGUCAAAGCGAGACAGACGGACGCACGGACAGACGACGGACGGAGGACUCGCUGGCCGCUGGACCCCGCCGCCUCCCCCUUCUUCCUGCCGCCUGCGUCUGGAGGAUGAGCCCAGCCUUCAGGGCCAUGGACGUGGAGCCCCGCACCAAGGGCGUCCUACUGGAGCCCUUUGUCCACCAGGUCGGGGGGCACUCAUGCGUGCUCCGCUUCAAUGAGACGACCCUAUGCAAGCCCCUGGUUCCGAGGGAGCACCAGUUCUACGAGACCCUCCCAGCUGAGAUGCGCAAAUUCACUCCCCAGUACAAAGGUGUGGUAUCAGUUCGCUUUGAAGAAGAUGAAGACAGGAACUUGUGUUUAAUAGCAUAUCCAUUAAAAGGGGACCACGGAAUUGUGGACAGUGUAGACAAUUCAGACUGUGAACCAAAAAGUAAGCUUCUGAGGUGGACAAACAAAAAACAUCACGUCCUAGAGACAGAAAAGAGCCCCAAGGACUGGGUGAGACAGCACCGGAAAGAGGAGAAGAUGAAAAGCCAUAAGUUAGAAGAAGAAUUUGAGUGGCUAAAGAAAUCUGAAGUCUUGUACUACAGCGUAGAGAAAAAGGGGAAUGUCAGUUCCCAGCUUAAACACUAUAACCCCUGGAGCAUGAAGUGUCACCAGCAACAGUUACAGAGAAUGAAGGAGAAUGCAAAACAUCGGAACCAAUACAAAUUCAUCUUACUGGAAAAUCUGACUUCCCGCUAUGAGGUGCCUUGUGUCCUGGACCUCAAGAUGGGUACCCGCCAGCAUGGUGAUGAUGCUUCAGAGGAGAAGGCAGCCAACCAGAUCCGCAAGUGCCAGCAGAGCACAUCUGCUGUCAUCGGUGUCCGUGUGUGUGGCAUGCAGGUGUACCAGGCAGGGAGUGGGCAGCUUAUGUUCAUGAACAAGUACCAUGGACGAAAGCUGUCAGUGCAGGGCUUCAAGGAGGCACUUUUCCAAUUUUUCCACAAUGGUCGGUAUCUGCGCCGUGAACUCCUGGGCCCUGUGCUUAAGAAGCUGGCUGAGCUCAAAGCCAUUUUGGAGCGACAGGAGUCCUACCGCUUCUACUCAAGCUCCCUAUUGGUCAUCUAUGAUGGCAAAGAAUGGCCUGAGGUGGCCCUGGACUCAGAUGCUGAGGACUUGGAGGACCUGUCUGAGGAGUCAGCUGACGAGUCUGCAGGUGCCUAUGCCUACAAGCCCAUCGGCACCAGCUCAGUGGACGUGCGCAUGAUCGACUUUGCACACACCACCUGCAGGCUGUAUGGCGAGGACAGCGUGGUACAUGAGGGCCAGGAUGCUGGCUAUAUCUUCGGGCUCCAGAGCCUCAUAGACAUUGUCACAGAGAUAAGCGAGGAAAGUGGGGAGUGAGUUUGCUGGCUGCACCAGCACCUGAGAGACUCUCUGUGUCCCAGGCACAGCUGUGCUGCGUCGGGGAGGAGGCCAGUAUGGCCAGGCGUUGGCCCCUGCAGCCUGGAGCUGAUGUGCAGAGGCCUCUGUGAGUCCCAGCCUGAGCCAGCCCCAAUCGCGUUCGGAGUCUUUUAUUUAUUUUAACUGUUUCUUCAACAUUCCACAUUUGAUGAUGCAGAUACCUCUUUCUUCCCUGAGUGUAAAUGUUCUAAUACAAAUCUUUUUGUUAAUUGUA